GGAAGAGAAGAAGGUCUCUUUCCCGGCCAUCUUGAGGUAUUAACCCAGCGAGUUGUUCGCGUCAAGCCCCGUAGAAUCGGAGGAGAAUCCCGCUGAAGGGGCGCCAUCAUGCCCGGACAUCUGCAAGAAGGCUUCGGCUGCGUCGUAACCAAUCGGUUCGACCAGCUAUUUGACGACGAGUCCGACCCGUUCGAAGUGUUAAAGGCUGCAGAAAACAAGAAGAAGGACGCGGCCGCGGCCAGUACCGCCAAGACUGCAGCUCAAGCCGCCAAGCAGCCGAAAAAAGAAUCCCAGAAAGACAGGAAGAAUCCCCUUCUCGACAAGAAGGAAGAAUCCCAGGCUCCAGUGUCUCUCAAAAAAGAGGGUAUCAGGAGGGUUGGUCGACGACCGGAUCAGCAGUCCCCCCAUCCAGGGCAGCAGGCCUCCCAGUCACAGGGGGCUCCGGGGGAAGGGCGCCCUGUGGAUCGGCGACCAGACAGGAGGCCGCCGCGUGAGCGCCGCUUUGACAAGCCUUCUGAGGACAAGCCAGAGGGAGCAGAGUUCUCGGCAGAGAAGUCUGUUGGGGACAGGCCUCCUCGUGGGCGUGGUGGAGGCCGCGGUGGUCGAGGCCGUGGACGUGGCAUGGGCAGAGGAGAUGGCUUUGACUCUCGUGGGAAACGUGAAUUUGACCGGCACAGCGGAAGCGACAAAUCCAGCCUGAAAUCUGAGGAGAAGCGUGGCGGCAGUGGAUCUCACAAUUGGGGCACAGUUAAGGAUGAGCUGACCGAACUGGACCAGUCCAAUGCUACUGAGGAAACCCAUGAGGGAGAGGAGCCUGCACCUGCUGACUCUGAGAAUAAGGAGAACGAGGUGGAGGAAGUGAAGGAUGAGGGCCCAAAAGAGAUGACCCUUGAUGAGUGGAAGGCUAUGCAGGAUAAAGAGCGGGCCAAGGCUGAGUUCAACAUUCGGAAGCCCAACGAAGGCAAUGACGGCCAGUGGAAGAAGGGCUACAUUCUGCACAAGUCAAAGAGUGAAGAUGGUAAUGCCGAAGAGGUCUCUGGUGAGCACCACUUCCGAAAGCCGGCCAAUGACAUCACAUCCCAGCUGGAGAUAAACUUUGGAGACUUGGGUCGUCCGGGCCGUGGCCGUGGGGGACCCCGCGGUGGAAGGGGAGGCCGUGGUGGAGGCAGGCCAGUGCGUGGGGCCAGGCCUGACAAGCCCAGCGGUGCUUCUGUUCCCAAUGUGGAUGAUCCAGAGGCGUUCCCCGCCCUGUCCUGAAGAGGCCGUCGUCAGCCGAAGCCCGCGCCCCUCCGGGCCCUCCUUCUACGAGGCUUGCAUGCAGUGGAACCUUCAACUCUAUAAUUUAAAAAGGAAAAAAAAAAAAAAACAAAAAACAAAAACAAGACUGUCAUCCAUACCAUUCACACUUGGGACUGAAUUUUAAUGGUUUUAAAAGACGAUAAAAUGGAAAAAGACUUCUCUUGCUACACUGAAGCAGAUUAUUGGUAGAGGUUUUGUAUUUAGAAAACACGGUAGCAGGGAUGUUUUCAUACAGUAUUUUUUUCAGAGAUUAUGCAUUCAUUAACUUUUUGUAUUGCUGCUUGAAAAUAUGCAUUUCCAAAUAUAGGUGUGAAGAGUAUCAGUUCAUGCUGUUCCAUGGUUGCUUUUUUCCCUAUUCAAUUACAAGUUCCCCUUUAUCCCACUACGGAUUACACUAUCAAAGUGGUAGGGAUUAUAUGUCAGUAGGUCCACUAGAUCUACCAAAAAUAUGCUUAAAAAGUUGAUGCAUCAAAGAAAGAUGUACAGAAGUGCUUUGGUUUUCAUAUAUAUAUAUUUUUAGAGUAAGUGAAAGACCUAAAGUGUACUCCUGCUAUGAAGAUAUUUUUCUUAACUAUGUUUUCUUCUAUUUGUGCAGUGUAAGUAUAUCCCUCUGGGUUUUUAUUCGAUAUUUUAUUCUGGUGGACCAUUAGCCUGUGUGUAUGAGAACUCCACCAAGUGUUGUUCUUGGGUGUAAGGCCUGACUUCUAUACUGUUCUGGUUUCUUCAAAUAAAAACAAUCACUUAGCCUUAGAACCAGUACUAGAAUGUGUAUAAAAUGACCACUUGACAUUUUAAAUAUUUUGUCAGUUGCUUCUCUAAAACUGGUUCUUUUUAGACUUGAGGUUCUUUUCAUCAAUAGAUUUCUGCUGAGCUCCAUAUCUUGCACUUCCCUUAGUGGAAUCAAUAUGAACUGGCACCAAUUCUGCUCCUGAGUUAAUCCCACCAUACCGUGAGGUGUUUUUUUUUUUUUUUUUUUUUUUUUUCUUUUCUCUCCCCCUCCUCCCUCUGUGAUUCCCUUUUUCCCCUUGUUGCACAGCAGCACUACUACUGCAUAAUUUACUGAAAAAAGACAUUGUUCAAAGUGGAACAAUCAAGUGCUACAGAAUGUAUGAAUGCUAACCCUGCUAAUUAACCUCUAUAUUUAAAAAUUAUUACAAUUGGACUGUGAUGGGGCAAUUUUUACCCUGGGGGUUUAGUCUGAACACUACCAUGAGCAAAACCAAGCUUUGUACUUCGUGUUGGUAAAACUCGCAGGCGAUGUACAGACGGAUGGCUGAAAUGUUGCUGUAGAACUGUCAGGUCCAGCUGCAUUGGGCUUCCUGACUUGAGCCUCCCUUCUGCAAACACCCUUGUUCUAAUAAAUUGCUUAGAAGUGUUCA